AUGAGCACAAGACGCUCGGGAAUGGUCCAGGUCUUUACUCGGAAAUACUCCUUGUCAUUGACCACGGAUGCGAUCGCGUUCUUGGACAACUUACUAGACAAACAUAAUAUUCCUGAUGAUGAGGUACAAGAGUCGUUGGAAUUUAUUGCCAAGGCCUAUAUGAAGCGUGAUGAUGCCACGGCAAUUGUUUCCGCCGAAAUAUUAGAACGAAUAUACGAGAUGAUGCAGAUUGGCACCGAGGGAUCUACACAGGAUUUAGCAGAGGAAGAUGUUAACCCGGACCAUUAUCUGCACGUUAUCAAUGCGUUCGACAUGCCUUGGUGGACAUUUAAUAGCGAGAGAAAGGCUUUUGAAAAGAGUCCAAAUAAACCCAGUAUCGGAGGGUCUCCUGCUUCGCGAGCCCAGUUUCUUCGCGAUCGGCACAACAUAAUUAAGCAGGUUGUGUUAAGAAACGAACACUUUUCGCCACCUGCUGUUCCUGGAAAGGACAGGGAUAGCUAUCUCAAGUUGACGACCACGAAAAAUCUGCUUGGGAGGGCUGGGCAGGCAUUCAUGUUGUUUGGGAUGUUGGCUCACUCGCCGGAUGGAAAGCUGUGCCUCGAGGAUCUGGAGGGCAGGGUAGAGUUAGAUAUUCGUGCGACAGGACCUUGCGAAGGAUUGUUCACUGAAGGGUCGAUGGUGCUCUGCGAAGGGAUAUAUACGGACGAAGAGACGCUUAGUGUAGAGGCGAUUGGACACCCUCCAAGUGAAAAACGCGAGAUAGCAAGGUCCGUCUUUGGUCACGUAGAUUUCCUUGGGAAGGGUGCUACGACACUGGUCGAAGAGGCCAAGUUGGAAACACGCCUUCAAAGACUUGAUAGACCUUCGUUUGUGGUUAUUUCGGAUCUCUGGCUUGAUCAUCCUCGAACGACGUUGGGACUUCAUAAGUUAUUGCAGACGUGCCUUGACCAAGAAUGGAUACCCCUCGUAUUUGUGUUUUGCGGUAAUUUCACUACUCGAGGGAUUGGCCAGGGCUCUGGAGAUGCACUGCUUCGAUAUACAGAAUACUUUGAUGCAUUGGCAGACUUGUUAACGUUGCCGGAAUAUCGACCGAUUAUCGAGAAAUCUCAUUUUGUGUUUGUGCCUGGCCCAUUGGAUCCAUGGGGCUCUUCGACCCUCCCUCGACCUGGUAUCCCAGAUACGUUUACAGCCAAAAUAAGAGCCAGAUUACCUCGGGUUCAUUUCACAUCGAAUCCAUGCCGUAUAAAAUUCUUUUCCCAGGAGAUCGUCAUCUAUCGCGAGGAUAUGAUGAGUCGUAUGCUCCGGAAUCUCGUAGGGGUCAAGCGUGCAGUCGGAGAUGCCGACUUGAAGAAAUACCUUGUACAAACGCUUUUAGAUCAGGCGCAUUUAUCCCCGAUUUCGUUGAAUAUACAGCCAACCUUGUGGGAGUUUGAUCAGUCGCUUCGUUUGUAUCCAAUGCCUACGGCGGUUGUGCUGGCGGACAAAUACGAGCGAUAUGAGCUUACCUACGAGGGCUGUCAUGUCUUCAACCCAGGGUCUUUCCUCGGUUCUUCAUAUGGGUUUUCAAUGUGGCUUCCUCAGGAUAAAAUUAGCGAACCCUCAGAGUUGGAUCUGGAUGAGGAUUGA